GCAGCAGACGCCACUUUGCUGUAAACUGAAAAUCGUCGACGAUUGUUCGUCUCAUAUUUACGACUUAUUUACGACAUAGAACUGAGCGAUGUCAUGGCAUCAUUAACCGAACCAUUGGUGGCUGAAGAUGCUUAUUUCCAGGUAGGACGUAUUCAAUGUCAUUGGAAGUGUACUUACCAGUUCAUGAAUAUCCAGCCAGUGUUGGCAAAUCUUCCUGAACUCACUUUCCAUGUGGUUCAAACACUCGAGACUAAUGAGGAUAACAAAACAAGGAAGAUCUUUAGCAUCAUACCAGCAACUUGGUUCGGAGAAGGAAGUUUUUCAGUUUUUCUCUAUCCGUCUCCUUCAUAUGUUGUUAAGUCCAAGCAUAAUGACCCAAUGAACUGGUCAUACAACACCUUCAACAGGCAUCGUAACCCUUGUUCAGAUUGGAUGGAGUAUGAUGGGAUCAUUGUUCGACACCCAAAAGGAGAGAAUGUUGCAGUUGAUCACAUUACGGCAAGGAAGAUCCAGAAAAACUGUUUUAGGGGCAGACCUUUGGCAGAUUGGACAGACAGCAGUAAGGAAUUGCCGAGGAAAAGGAAACCAACUGAAAAGGGAAAAGAGCUGAGUAGGCCGAAGAGGGGCAAGUUGUUGCAUCGUCUGAAGAGGAAAAUCCUUUUGUUCCAUCAGCUAAUGCACUACUAACUGAUUUAUCGAACACAACUGUGACAUCUUCUAGACUUCAUCAGCCUUGGAAUAGGCCGUCAACUUUUAAACCAGGUUUAAGUUCAUCGUCGUACAUGAUGAAUGGAGAGCUGCUUAAUGGAUUAGAUCAUAUAAGCCAUGAAUGCCAUCCAAUGAGGAAUCAUGCAGCUGCAGGCUCAAGCAUUCAACAAUCUGGUUUGAGCUCAACAGCGUUCACACUGAGGGGAGAGAUGGCUUAUGAAGCUAAUCGUGCGUACUAUGAGAACCAAGGAUUGAUCUCUUCGUACGUACAUAGAGAUAUGGCGUAUGAACCACACCGUGCAAACUAUGAUGGCAACAGCAUUCAAACUAGGAAUUUUACUUCUGGUGAAGCAAGUAUUCAACCCGUUUUGAGCUCAUCGUACACAGUUAAUGAAGGCUUGCCUGUUCACGAAUCAAAUGGUGAAAACAAUUCCAGCAAUCCAACUCUUCCAGCAGUCCAGUCUUAUGAGCCAGAUCCUCUUCGAGUUAACGUCCAAACUAGCAACUUGAAUGGCGGUGUUGUACCUUUUAUAGGAACUUAUGGUUACUUGGAAGACAAAAUAAAUUCUUUGUCGACCAGUCUCCAAGAAGUAAAAGAUUUACUAAAGAAAAUUGUUCUAAUGAUUCAAAAGUCAUUACAAACCCCUGAAAAAUUCCUCAACAAAAAUGUAAAAUAUUUUGAGGAAGAAGUCAAAGAGUUGAUACAGAAUAUGCCUUUUGAUGAAGUGGAACAGUUGGUGGCGCUUGAAAAAGUUUUAAUGGGAGAGAAACACUCCAGAAUUUGCAUGGUAUGCUACCUAGUGAACCAUUUUAAAACUGCGAACACCCAAGCAAUCUUUGUGAGUCAAAUCUGGAGGAAGAUUUCUACAGACAAAUUGAUGCAAGUACUUCAGUGGAAAAGUGGACGAGGGGACGAUCAAAGAAACGGAAUUUCCCAAAUGAUUCAUCUCGUCUCAGUGAUUGGAGUUUCUCUUGGACUUUACUGCCAAAACAAAAAGAUUGAAGAACCUUCAAUAGUGGAACUUAAAGACUUCAUUCAGAAGGCGAGAAGUCAAGGCGGGGCACGGUUCCGAACUGCCAAUAAGAUUUCUCAUUCUGCAGCAAUGAACAACCAUCGUGCUGCUCUGGAGGAAGAUCCUGAUUCUCGUGCCGAGUCAGCUGUGUUGACUUCAACAAUCAAAUCGCUCGUGUCUGUUUUAUCAUCGGAUGUCAAAGCGUUCCAGUUCCAGUCAGCACCUAGUGCCACACAUUAAUGUAUUAUAUUCGUCCUUUACACAGAAAGUUAAACUUGUCUUUAUAAUUUGUGAUCAUGAAAGAUCAUUUUUCGUUUUUCUUGUAUGUUUAACAUCUGUAGUAGGCCUAUCUUGUGCUGCAUUUGUUUAAGUUUCUUGAUUUUGAAAUAUUUGUUGUAAUAACUUUUGCUGAUACAAUACAAUUGAGCUGUUUUCCAUUA